CACUUGAGGGGCUUUAGAGUCAUAAGUUUACCUGUAUAAAAUAUUUUUGGACAACAAAAACACGGAUGAACAGAGAGAAUACACAAACUCCAAGUUCUCAGAUAAAUAAUCUAUAAGGAGUCACAGCGGCAGAGAGACAUCUCAUCAGUUUGUCCUGUUAGUUGAAGAUAAACAUGAUGUUCUCUAGGAGCUGCAUCACGACGUCAGACUCCUGCUGCUAUAAAAGCUCAAACUUGGUAGGACAGACAUUCAGCAGCAGAGCUCCUCCACCAGCCAAAGACGUAGGACUGAUUUCUCCCAGGGACGAAGCUUUUGCAGCGAGCACCAUGAAGCUCCUCGUUCUUCUCGCCAUUGUCACCCUCACAGGUGUCUGUGCGGAUCACAUGAUGGUAGCCCAGAAUGAAGCCAUGCAAGGUGCAUGGCAAACCAAGAACCAUCAUCAUGGUCACCGCCAUCACCAAGGUCACCACCAUCACCAAGGUCACCACCAUCAUCAAGGUCACCACCAUCACCAAGGUCACCACCAUCAUCACAGUCACCCCCAUCCUCUCUUGGACAUCCGUCGGAUCACAGAGAUGUUGCGGGCUUACCUGGAACAAGGCACUAUGUCCCUCAGCAACUAUUACCAAGAUCUAGGGAGGUGGUGGAGUUCUGUGACCAGUGGAGCCCAAAUGGCUUUUGAGGCGGAGAUCAGUAAUCUCAGCAGACACCUCAAUCAGAAUCUGGAGAAUUUUAGAAGACACUCCUUUUUCCACACGCUGUCUGCGGAGGUCCAACAAAGACUGGAGGACAUCAGAGAGGUCAUUGCCCAACACCUCAAGAACUUAGACUUCAGAUCGCUGCGUGAGGCUGUGGAGAGGAGGAUUGGUGAACUGAGGGGCCAGCUGGCACACACCUUCCAAAACCUGCUGCAAAAUAAGAUCGAAGUCGCCCAGGAGGUGAGUGAGAAAGUGACGAAUAACCUGGAUAAUUUCAGUGAGAACUGGAACUCCCUGGUGAACAUGUACAGCACCGUGCUGCAACAGUAUAAGAAAAUACUGGAAGUUAGGCUGAAAAAGAAAGGAGAACACAAAGGAGGUCACAGAGGAGGUCACAGAGGAGGUCACAGAGGAGGUCACAGAAGAGGUCACACAGGAGGGCACAGAAAAGGCAUGAAAGGAGGCAGCACAGAAGUCGGGGGCAGAUCCAGCGAAAGAGACACGAGAAGACCCAGCGAAAGAGACAUGAGAAGACCCAGCGAAAGGGACACGAGAAGACCCAGCGAAAGGGACACGAGAAGACCCAGCGAAAGAGACACGAGAAGAUCUGGCAAUAAAGAAAUGAGACGAUCUGGCAACAGAAACAUGAGUAGAUGCGGCAAUAGAGACGGGAGUACAUGCCGCAAUAGAGACAUGAGUAGAACCAGCAAUAGAAACGUGAGUAGAUGCGGCAAUAGAGACGGGAGUACAUGCGGCAAUAGAGAAAGGAGUAGAUCCAGCAGAGGAGCCAACGAAAUAUCCUCCAAAGGAAGCAUGAAAAGAAAACGCAAAGCAAGCAAGAGAGGAGGCAGCAAGCAAUCAUCUGAAGAAGAGAACAGAGGAGACACCCAAAAGAAAGUCCAUGCUUGGCUGUCGGCUUUUUCCGAAUCCAUGGAUCGGCAUUCUCACUGAGACGGGACAAGAACUUUGCCAUCACAGAGCUCCUCUUUACUGACCUCAGAGCUCCUUCUGAGUGCAAGGAAACACCUGUCCUUUAAUCGGCAACGCCUUCAUGCUUUUAUUUAUUUCAUCUGACUUCUUCCCUCAUUUAAUCUGUGCUGCAUUCACUAAAUGUUGGGUUUUUUUUCUCGCAUGGUCAGAUAAACACUUGAAAUAGCAAAA